GACCCGAUAACCCGCCAGCCAAGGCAAUUGUUAUCCCACUCGCGCGAAGAAUGGGGUGGGCGUGGCUAGCUGGUGGGCUGGGUCGAGACUGUCUGCACGUGACCGGUGACGCGACUUGAGAAGAGGUGACAGGUGCUGCUGAGAUGGCGAAUCAUCUGAAGUUUAUUGCUCGCACAGUGAUGGUGCCCAAUGGAAACGUAGACUUGGCUUACAAGAUGCUCAACAGGAUUCUGACUGUGGAUGGCAUCAUCGACGAAGCGAGGCAGAGGCGAUAUUACGAGAAGCCAUGUAAUAAGAGAAGGAGGGAAAAUUACGAGAACUGUCGCAGGAUCUAUAACUCAGAGAUGGCACACAAAGUCUCCUUCCUCAUGAGGAAGAAUCGGCAGGAUCCUUGGCCUGGGUGUUAAGAAGAGGGAACGUUAUGGACCAUUAAAUUCAGUGACCCUCAAGGACAAUACUGUUUAUGUUAUUGUAUUAUAGAAAGAGAUGUUACUGACAUUGAAAGCAACGUUGUUAUUAAUAUUAUCAAAGAUUCCUAAGCUGGAACACCAAUACGUUUGCCUCCUUUGGGAUAAAAUAAAGGAAAAGAAAAAAAAGGUGUAAGAUUUUGAAUGCUUUUUUCAUGUGUUUCUGAGCAGUUUGUCAAUGAAAACCCUGUGUGAAAACCUGGAAAUGGGACAUAUGCUGCACAUAGUUUACAGUGUAUAAGGCAGCACAUGAAUAAAUAUCUCUGCAAAUACAGAUUAUCACACUGACGACCAAGCUCUGAUGCUGCCAGAUACAAAUUGUUAACUAUUCUCCCUACCAGUGACUUUAAAGGGCAGAUUAUUCAAGGGUCGAAUUGAAAAUUCUAAAUUUUUUAUGGUCAAAAUUGACUA